AUGUGGGAGAUCCCAGUUACUACCAUACGUAUACACUAUCACAAAGAUCCGGGAGUCUACAAGUUACUCGGCAUCGAUGGAUCGAUCCUUACCAUUACCGAUCCGGAGGAGCACAAACAGUACCGCAGCAUUGUCGGUUCCUUGUUCUCCAAGAAACCAGCCGAUGACCUCGCCCCGACAAUGGCCGCACUGUUAAAUAGAUCAGCCGAGUCAAUGGCACGCCAGGGGAGAGAGGGGAAACCCUCCGUCAUCCAACGAACCUAUCGUUCAAUAGUCGCAGACAUGGUGUCAUAUCUACUGUUCAAGCGGCCGCUAGGUUUGAUAGACUCACAACACGAUGCGGACCACUACCAUUCGUUUAUGCUGAGUAUUGACCGAUUUACUGCUAUAACCUGGCCUAGAUUCUACUACCCGAUUCUGAAUUGGGUCAUCGAUUCCUUUCCUGCUUUUGUGGUAGAGAGACUCCAGCCAGGUCUGAGAAACCUGCAGGAGCUAUUCAACGGAUGGCUGAAUGAGACCGUCGCCGCCCACGAUGCGGGAAAGACUGUCGAAGGCCGCAAAACCUACUUCGAUCUCAUGACCGACGCAAAACGCAAGACCGGCGAGCCUCUCCGCCCGGAUCAACUCUUCGAUGAUAUCUUGAAUUAUCUUGUCGCCGGCAUGGAGGCCACCAGCUACGUGCUGUCCUUCGCGACAUACUUCCUGCUCAACAACCCGGAGGCAAAAGCGAAGCUGGAGGCGGAGCUGCUGGAUGCUAGCCCCUUUAUUCGAGAUGAAUUUGACCACCGCAAGAUCAUGGCGCUGCCUUAUCUGACGGCAGUGGUGAAGGAGUGUUUGCGGCUGAGCAAUACCGUGCCAGGCUUCUUACCCAGGGUGGUUCCAGACACGGGGGUGGAUAUCGGCGGCUACCACAUUCCAGGUGGUACGCAAAUAUCAAUGAUCCAUCCCAUCGUCGAGUUGCAUGAAGAGAUUUUCCCGAAUCCGCACAAAUUCAUUCCAGAGCGCUGGCUUGGCAACAACAGCUCAAGCCUGGAAAAAUGGGCUAUUGCAUUCAGCAGGGGGAGAAGGCAAUGCAUCGGCAUGAAUUUGGCGUAUAUGAUGUUGUAUGCGUCUAUCGCCGUAUUCUUUUCGCGCCUUGAGAUGGAGUUACACGAGACAACAGCCGCGGACAUGGAGAUUAUUGACCAAUUUGCACCAAUCACCCAGGGGGUCGUCAAGGUGAAAAUCAUCACGGAUCGGUGGCAAGAAUAA